ACGUCGCGUGGUCUCUUCUGUUCUUCGUCAUCGCCGUUGAUUUCUUCGGAAGCUUGCUAUCUAGUAGUGUGUCGUUGACCAUCGUAGCGGCCGCUCUUUGCUGCCUCCGUUUGCGAGGUUUUCUUCUCUUUUCCUUUUCUUUUUCUCUAUCUCUUCUCUAUAUUUCUCCCUCCCUCCCUCUCUCUCUCUCUCUCUCUCUCUCUCUCUCUCUCUCUCGUGCGUUUUUCCUCGUCGAUAUCUUGUUUCUCCAAUUUCACGUUUGCUAUCGAAACUCAUGACUCUCUAGUGCCAUUGCGACUCGGAGAAUCUUGGUGAUCGAUCGAAUUGUCGAAAGGAGCAGAAGAAAGUCGUCAUGUGUUUAUCGAUGUUGCUGGUGAGAUCCGGCAGGCUCGGACAAUGCGGAAGGAGAUUUGCCUCGUCGUCGACGGGACUGAGAUUACCGGAUCAAACCGGCAAUCGAGUGGAGCUGCGAAGGGAGCUGCAAACCUCCGAGAGACCGCGACGAGCGACGACCUUCAACGAUCGCAGCCAGCUGAAGUAUGCUCGUCGAUUGGUCGUCAAACUCGGAAGCGCGGUGAUCACGAGAGAGGACGAGCACGGUCUGGCCCUUGGUCGUUUGGCCUCCAUCGUCGAGCAAGUGGCCGAGUGCCAGAACGAAGGUCGAGAAUGCAUCAUGGUGACUAGCGGAGCCGUUGCCUUCGGCAAGCAGAAACUCACGCAAGAGUUGCUCAUGUCUCUGUCGAUGCGAGAGACACUUAGCCCGGCGGACCAUACGCGCGAACACGCCGGAACGCUUUUGGAACCUAGAGCGGCAGCGGCCGUGGGUCAGUCCGGGCUCAUGUCUCUCUACGACGCCAUGUUUGCUCAAUACGGCGUGAAGCUGGCUCAGGUGUUGGUGACGAAGCCAGACUUUUACAACGAGGAGACCAGAAAGAAUCUGUUCAGCACGUUGAGCGAAUUGAUCAGUCUAAACAUAGUGCCGAUCAUCAAUACGAACGACGCGGUCUCGCCACCGCCUCACGUAGACGAGGAAGUCGCCGGCGGAGGCGGAAGAAGAGGAAUAUCCAUCAAGGACAACGACUCUUUGGCGGCGAUGUUGGCGGCAGAGGUUCAGGCCGAUCUGCUCAUUUUGAUGAGCGACGUCGACGGUAUUUACAAUCUUCCCCCGUGGCAGGACGGCGCUAAGAUGUUGCACACCUUCAGUUCGGACCUGAGAGGCACGAUAAAGUUCGGACAAAAGUCUAAAGUCGGUACAGGUGGUAUGGAUUCGAAAGUAAAUGCUGCCCUUUGGGCUCUGGACCGUGCGGUCUCGGUGGUUAUCUGCAACGGCACCCAGGAGAAGGCGAUCAAGAGCAUCAUGUCGGGUAGGAAGAUCGGCACGUUCUUCACGGAGACGACAGGCGCCUCGACGCCCGUCGAGGUCGUCGCUGAAAAUGCGCGCGUUGCCAGUAGAACGUUGCAAGCCCUUCGACCGGCCGAACGCGCUAGCUGCAUCAACGUUCUGGCGGACUUACUGGAGUCUCGGCAGAAAGAAAUCCUAGAGGCGAACGCUAAGGAUCUCGAGGCCGCGAGCAAGACCGGUCUUGCGAAAGCGUUGCUCUCGCGACUAUCCCUUACGUCGGCCAAACUGAAGUCUUUGAGCGCGGGUCUACGACAAAUAGCGGAGGACUCUUUGGAGAACGUUGGUCGUGUUUUGAGGAGAACCAAGUUGGCAGAAGGAUUGGAACUCAAACAGAUAACCGUGCCGAUCGGCGUCCUUCUCGUUAUAUUCGAAUCGAGGCCCGACAGUUUGCCGCAGGUAGCGGCCCUGGCAAUAUCCAGCGCGAACGGACUCCUCCUGAAGGGUGGAAAGGAAGCUACCAACAGUAACAAGUACCUGAUGGAACUGGUGAAGGAAGCGCUCGGCACGGUGGGCGCCUCCAACGCGAUAUCUCUCGUAUCGACGAGAGAGGACGUAAGCGACCUGUUGUCGAUGGAAAAACACAUCGAUCUGAUCAUACCACGCGGUAGCUCCGAUCUCGUACGUACCAUCCAAGAACAGUCGAAGCAUAUACCGGUGCUCGGUCACGCCGAGGGUAUCUGUCACGUUUACGUCGAUAAACAGGCCGAUCUAGGUAAGGCGCUCAAAAUCGUGAGAGACUCCAAGUGCGAUUAUCCGGCAGCUUGCAACGCCAUGGAAACUUUGCUGAUCCACGAGAGCCACAUGAACGGAUCCUUCUUUACGGACGUGUGUAACAUGUUGCAAAAGGAGGGCGUGAAGAUCUACUCGGGGCCAAAGUUGAGACAGUUAUUGACGUUCGGGCCGCCUGCCGCGAAGAGUAUGAGAACCGAGUACGGUUCUCUCGAGUGUACGAUCGAGGUAGUCUCCGACGUCGAAGACGCUAUAACUCACAUCUACAAGUACGGGAGCGCGCAUACGGACGUGAUCGUUACGGAGGACAACGAGAAAGCGGUGCACUUUCAAAGGGAGGUCGACAGCGCUUGCGUUUUCCACAACGCGAGCACCAGAUUCUCCGAUGGUUAUAGAUUUGGCCUUGGUGCGGAGGUCGGCAUUUCCACGGCUCGAAUUCACGCACGCGGCCCGGUAGGAGUAGACGGUCUCUUGACAACGAAGUGGAUUUUGCACGGAGACGGACACGCCGCGGCAGACUUCGCCGAAGGCGGUAACAAGAGUUGGUUGCAUCAACCCUUGCCUUUGAACGAGUGUCAAUGAAUCGAGGACGACGAAGUACGAGGCUCGAGCGGAAACGUCGUCGACUUUUUUCGAACGAUCCUUCGCAACGCGAUCGAUAGAAAAGAUCACUUUCUAUCGUCCGUUCGAUUUUCGUACUUCGUUCCUCGGCGGCUGCGAAGCAAGAGAAAAAGCUGAAAGAAGAAUUCAUAUCAGGGAAAGGCUGAGAUAAGGAUUUCUCGAGACCGAUCUCACGAGUCGACCGCAAGUUACGAUGCGACGAGGAAAACUAUAAUCUCCUUCUUUCUCUCCCCCCGCCCCCCUCUCUCUCUCUCUCUCUCUCUUGUAUAUAAUGUAAAUAAAAUUAUAGCUAAUUAAGCUAAUUAUUACAAAUAAAA